ACGCGCGUGGCCCGCGUCCUCCCGUUCCCGUGCUGUCCCCUGUCCUACGCAACCCCCCUAUGGGCCACAGCGGCCGCGCGCCCUCUGCCCCACACUACGUCCCACGCCCUACGCGCCCCAUGUGGCACCGCCUCCCACGUGCUUCCUCUGUCCCACAACCCCCAACGCGUGUUCCCGCACACCCCGACCUGCCCCACGCGUUCGCGAUCCCCAUGCGAGUCUCCCACCCUUCACGCGCACUCCCCGCAAGCGCGCCGCUGUCCCUUUAAGGCCGGGGGGGCGUGCCGAGAGCCUGUGAAAGGCCCGGCGCGGGGCACGGGGUGCACUCGGCCGGGGGGAGCGGCGGGGCUGUGCCGGGCUCGGGGGCCCGCACGAUGUACACGCUGACGCGCGGCCCCAGCAAGUUGGCCACGCAGCGCCGCACAGCAGCCGGUGGAGAGCAAGGUGGGCGAGCCGCGGGGCCGGCUGCAGCCCGGAGCCUGGUCCCCCGCCAGGAAAAGCCUCGUUGUUUUUGGGCUGUCGUCCCACUGCCUUCAUCCAGAGCGGAGCUGGAGCCUGGAAAGCACAUUACCCUGCUUGGCUGCGAGGGCUGGGGUCUGACUGCUCGGUGUGGUGGCCUCCUCGGGGGCAGCUUGGGGGACAGCCGUGUCCAUCAGUCCAUCCUUCCCCUCUGCUGGAGUGGGGGUGGCUGGGAUAGGGCUUCCUGUGCAGGUGGCACAGAAGGGCUGCGUGGCCAUAUUCUGCCCGUGUUGCACACGGGGCUGGGGGCUGCAGCUGGCCAGAUGUUCACCGCCGGCUGCAGCAGCGCUGAGCGCAUCUGGUGCCAGCAGGAGCUGGUGGGGCCGUGCAGCGAUGCACGUGGGGCGGUGGGGAUGCCCUGCUCCUUGCGUGCCCCUCGCCUGGAGUUCGCUGCCCGCGCCGCCCUUCUCCCCUCAAUCCCCGCUUUCCCCAGCCCAGCCCAGAGGCUCAUCUUCAACAGAGUGAACAGCAAACGGUCGCAGGUGCUGCUGCUGGACACCUCUGCGCCCAAGGAGAGCUACACGGCUGCGCACGAGGAGAACGUCCGCUUCGUCUAUGAAGCCUGGCAGGAGGUGGAGCAGCAGCUGGAUGGGGAGCAGAGGGCGGAGAGCGCCCAUGGGCCUGUGCAAUACGUAGAGAAAACCCCGAACCCCCGGCUGAAAGACUUUGUUCCCAUUGACUUGGAGGAGUGGUGGGCGAAUCAAUUUCUGGCCAAAGUUUAAAGCUGCUCAUAAAAGGGAAGAAGGUCUUUUUCAUUCUUACUUUUUUUUUUCUUUUUUUUUAAAAAAAAACAAAACAAAACAAACAAAAAAAAAAACCCAAAAACCUACAAAAAAAAACAAAAAAAAAAAACCAACAACAAAACAACACAAAGCCAAGAGCCUCUGGUCGGACACCGCACUCAGUGGCACUUAAGCACUUUUUUUCAAGCUGACAGCAGCCCCGUGCCCCUCUGCCAGCCCCGAGGACAGUGGGAGCGGACCACAGCCAUGCCCGGUGCGGGGCGGAGGAGCUGCGUGCGGCCCCGGCUGGGAUUCCUUAAGUGCCAGUUCUGAGCCCGCUGCAGCUCUGGGACACUGCGGGGCGUGCGGGCGGCCCCCCCCGCCGGAGGACAGCGGGUCACUGUAGCAGGACAGACAAUAAAGAGCUGAAACUGCC